GCCAACUAGGACAAAGCGGUCCUUGCGUUACUACAAAAGCGUUACAUGGCGUUACUCCAAAAGCAUUACCUGUAGGAUGGAGCUAAGCUAGCGCCUGGGUACUCAAGCGAACAUAGCUUAAGGCUGCCACACAUAAUAUGCGUUACUUGCGGCGACGCAUCAGCUGCAUCUGCAGCCGGUCUGAAGGGUCCCUUGGAUCAUGUGUUUGACAAGCCAAAAAGGAGGCCGCAUCUGCCGUAAGUAACGCAUGCUAUGUGUGGCAGCCUUUAAGCGAGUGAGUGAAGAAGAAGAAGCAAAAGCGAGUGAGCGUUCGAUGCCGGACGGGAAAGUGUAUUUUUAAUAAACCGAGAUUACUGCGUUUUUAAUCGUUUUAUUAAACCUAAACUGUGCUAGUGUUUUCCAUUAGUAUCUAUUUUACACCGUGCUGUGACUCCCGUACGCCGUAAAUUGCGAGAUUUUGUUGUAAAAAGAAACAGAGUGCAGAAAAAAGAUGGCUUCGCAGGCAGUAAACAAAACCGGCUCGGGCUGGCCCCGCCGAAACAGCCAUGGAACGGGCCUGACGGAAAUGAACAAACUGCAGACCAACCAAUCGAUGACGCUAAAUCGAACCAUCAAUUUGUACCCGCUGACAAACUACACUUUCGGCACGAAGGAACCGCUAUUCGAAAAGGACCCAUCGGUGCCGGCUCGGUUCCAGAGAAUGCGUGAUGAGUUUGACAAAAUUGGAAUGCGCCGUUCAGUGGAGGGUGUUCUUUUGGUCCAUGAGCACGGUUUGCCGCAUGUGCUGCUGUUGCAGCUAGGCACGACGUUUUUCAAGCUUCCCGGAGGCGAGCUGAGUGCCGGAGAAGAUGAGGUAGAGGGAUUGAAGCGGCUCCUGACAGAGACUCUAGGUCGGCAGGACGGUGUGAAGCAGGACUGGAUCGUCGAGGAUACGAUUGGCAAUUGGUGGCGUCCCAACUUCGAGCCUCCGCAGUACCCGUAUAUACCGCCGCAUAUCACCAAACCGAAGGAACACAAACGUCUGUUUUUGGUUCAGCUGCACGAGAAGGCGCUGUUCGCCGUACCGAAGAACUACAAGCUAGUAGCGGCACCGUUGUUUGAGUUGUAUGAUAACUCGCAAGGCUAUGGACCGAUCAUAUCUUCACUGCCGCAGGCACUGUGCAGGUUUAACUUUAUCUACAUGUAAAGGCCAGUGCUAGGGUGCUGUACGGAAUCACACCAGCACGCGUCACUGCGAGAAACAUUGUCGGACAAACGGUAUCGGACGAUCACUCUGAUGUUGACCUGUGUAGCGAUUCCGUCGUUUUCCUUGGUUUUCACGUUUCGUGCUCCCAGCUGCUGGUUUGGGCCGCUAGUCUGGAAUCCAAUGAUGUUGCAAGGAGGUAUCAUCUGGGACAAGUGUAGAGUAAUCGGUUGCACUAGGAGAAAACAAAUCUUUUUUGACAGUAUAUUAAGAACCCUCCUGCUUUGAACCUUACUCUAUAUCCUAGUUUAAUUUGAUAAUUUUAGCAUUAAGUGAAAUGAUAACAAAUAAAAAAAUGUGCAGCACUUAGCAUAACUCUGGCGUGUAUCCUUAGUAGUCGUUGGAAGGCGUAUAUUGAUAGGUGGAAUCAUCAUGCUCUCUGUAGCCGUACUGGCAGUAAGCACAUCCGUAGCUCCACUGCUCGAUUGAACGUGUUGGGUAUGAUAAUUGUUGUUGAACGGAUCGAAUGGGCCAACUGGCCCCGGCGCACAAACAGUACAGAGCUGGAUUGCGCUCUCCUGAGUAAAGGCCUUCUGGUUGUAUUGAAGGGUGGCAGAAAUCCUCUUCACUCAGCAGCAAACCACGGCGCAGCUCUCGGUCCAAGCGAAGUUUCGUGC